AUGAUGCGCCUGCGCACGUCUCACAGCGUCGGCGCGCUGCUCUUGCUGCUGGCAGCGCGCGGCGCCCCGAGCGCUGGGUCGCCGGCGAGCGGGACGCUGGCCCGCCCGAGGGUGGAGGGCUCGGCGAGCGGUCGCCCUCGCGAGCCGCAGGCCGAGUUCGGGAGGCGCCUGUCUACCAGCGGCGCGCAGUCGCUCAAGCUCUUGGCGGGUGAUGGGGUCGACAACGACAGGUUCGGUUUCUCGGUGGCCGUGAGCUCCGACGGGGCCCGCGUGGUGGUGGGGGCCUAUCACUACUACUACGACUUCGACGACUCCCAGCUCAUUGUUCAUGGCUCCGUGUACGUGCUCGACGGGGCCACCGGCGAGACGCUGCUGAAGCUUGUGGCGAGUGAUGGGGCUGCAGACAACCAUUUCGGUGAGUCGGUGGCCGUGAGCUCCGACGGGGCCCGCGUGGUGGUGGGAAACGACGUCAGCCAGGGCUCCGUGUACGUGUUCAACGGGGCCACCGGCGAGAGGCUGCUGAAGCUUGUGGCGAGUGAUGGGGCCGCAGAGGACAGUUUCGGUCACUCGGUGGCCGUGAGCUCCGACGGGGCCCGUGUGGUGGUGGGGAGCAGAUAUGACAACGACCAGGCUAUCAGGGCCGGCUCCGUGUACGUGCUCGACGGGGCCACCGGCGCGAGGCUGCUGAAGCUUGUGGCGAGUGAUGGGGCCGCAGAGGACAGUUUCGGUCACUCGGUGGCCGUGAGCUCCGACGGGGCCCGCGUGGUGGUGGGGGCCUACCGCGACGACAACAACUUCGGCUCCGUGUACGUGUUCAACGGGGCCACCGGCGAGAGGCUGCUGAAGCUUGUGGCGAGUGAUGGGCGGCUUGCUUACGACCGUUUCGGUUCCUCGGUGGCCGUGAGCUCCGACGGGGCCCGCGUGAUGGUGGGGAGCAUUUGGGGUUACAACGGGGCCGGCUCCGUGUACGUGCUCGACGGGGCCACCGGCGAGACGCUGCUGAAGCUUGAGGCGAGUGAUGCGGCCGAAGACGACCGUUUCGGUAUCUCGGUGGCCGUGAGCUCCGACGGGGCCCGUGUGGUGGUGGGGGCCUACUAUGACGACGACCAGGGCUACAAUUCAGGCUCCGCGUACGUGUUCGACUUCACCGAGGCAACCACCACCGAUACGGGCACGAGCGUAUCCAGCAGCUGCCGUGCACGGACGCUGCCAGCUGCCGCCAAUCUGCGCAGCUUCUCCAUCCGUCUGCACGAUCACGAUGGUCAGGGCAGUCUCGCUGCUCAGCCGCGCAUCUUCUGCAGCCCGUGCAUCUGCCGCUCCAUCACCCUGCUGGUGCCUCGUGCGCCGCACGGCGGCAGCGCCGCAGAGCCAGCGCCCUGCGCGCUCGGCCAGGCUCGGGCCCCCCCGCGGGGGACGGCGCCCGGCCCGACGCCGCCGCCGUCUGGUCCGGGCCUGCUCGGCGGCUUCUCCGGCAUGCAGCGGCGCGAGGACGGGCUCCGCGCCGCCCGCGGGGAUGGCCUGGUGCCGCACGGCCUCCGGGGCUCGAGCCGCCUCGCCGCGCGAGAGGCGCAGGCGCCUCGGCGGAGCGCGAUGCUGGCGGGGCGCCGGUGCCUGCGUGGACCCAGCCGCCGCCGGGCGCUCUCCGCCGAGGCGGCGGCGAAGGCCACUGCGCCGCCGCUGUCGCGGCUGCGGCUGCUGGCCCCGGCGCUGGAUCGCGAGGGCCAGGUCAAGCGCCUCGUGCGGCCAGAGUGGGGCUUGCCGCGCUGGGAGCGGGACGGGCUGCGCCAUCGCCCUUGGCCAGAGCCCCUGGCGCAGGUCUCGGGCUGCCCCCCGCGGCUGCCCGCGCACGGCGGCGGCGGGCGGCUGGACCCUGGCAGGCCAGCCAUCUUGGAGGGCGCGAUGGACAUCGAAGCGUGGCCCUGCCCAGAGAAGUGGGCUCUCGACCAGCUGCUCCAGGACAGCCCCGGCACCGGCUUCGCGGUCGGCGCCGCCACCGCGACGGACGCGGACCCUGCCGGCAGCGGGCGCGGAGACGUGUCGGAGCCUGCCCCCAGUAGUCAUUACUCCGAGCGGGACGUGCCAGUGACCAUGACUCUGCGGGACUACUGCGAGUACGCGCAGCGCCAGCGCGACGACUGCCCCCUCUACAUCUUCGACGACGCCUGCCUGGAGCGCGAGCGGGACUGGCCACCGGCUGCCGCGUAUAGCCGGCCCGCGUGCUUCGACGAGGACCUCAUGAGUGUCCUGGAGUCAGAGAGGCCGCCGCACCGCUGGGUGCUGAUCGGCGCGGCGCGCAGCGGCAGCGCCAUGCACACGGACCCGCUUCAGACCGCCGCCUGGAACACGCUCGCGAACCCACCGACCUCGACAUGA